AUGCAAGCUGCCCUUCGUCUAGCACGCCAGCAACGUCGAUGCCUCGUGACGACCGCGAACCCUGCUCACGUCCUCGCAGGCUCUACGAGCGCCGCCGUGCCCAAGCGACCCCUCAUUCCGCUGUCCAACGUCGAGGCCCAAUGGGACAAACUGACCUCGGAGGAGAGAUCGUCGGUGCACGACCAGCUCGAGGUGCUGAUGAAGAAGGACUGGAAAGAGCUGUCAAUUGAUGAGAAGAAGGCUGCUUACUACGUUUCGUUUGGCCCUCAUGGACCCCGUACACCUUCGAGCAAGCCUGGAGAGAACUUCAAGGUCUUCUUGGGUACCGCGGCCCUCCUCGGCGUCACUGGUAUCUUGUUCAUAGGUAUUCGAGCUCUCGCACCUGCGCCUCCCAAGACUAUCAACAAGGAGUGGGAGACUGCGAUGAACGAACGCGGCUUGGAGCAAAAGAUGAACCCUAUCACUGGUAUAUCAUCGGAGGGAUACAAGGGGAAGGGUUUCGUCGUGUCGAAAUAG